AUGGAUGUCACUCAAGACUCCGAGUUCGAUCCCCGAACCCAGCUAAUUCCCCACCUCAUUGAUCACUACGCCCGAACAAAGCCGGAUGCCAUCUACGCCGAGUAUCCCACCCAUCCCAUGAGCUAUGACCAUGGAUACCGCCCCAUAACGUACCGUGCCUUUGCGAAUGCUAUCAAUGGUCUGGCAUGGUGGCUCACCGAGAAGCUGGGGCCUGGUAACGGUGAGAUAUUGGCUUACGUCGGUGCCAACGACGUGAGAUACCCUGCCCUGGCCUUGGGGGCAGUAAAGGCAGGAUAUUGUAUGUUCUUCACGUCGCCCCGCAACAGCGUAGCCGCGCACAAUAGUCUCUUCCAGCGUCUGAACUGCACGAAGAUGGUGGUCCCCACUCCCCGACCGCCCCCAGUGACAACCAUCUUAGAGGCCCACAAAUUGGACGUUCUCGAGGUUCCCGGGGUAGACGAUUUGUUGAGCAAGGAAUAUCCUUAUUUCAAGUAUUCCAAGUCCUUUCCCGAGGCUGCAAGUGAUAAGCUAGCGGCGAUUCAUACAUCAGGGUCUACUGGAAUUCCCAAGCCAAUCUUCUUCACUCAUGAUUCGGCUCGAAAGCACAUGCGUAUGGCCUCUUUGGAGCCACCCGAGGGCUUCGUCAGCCAAGACAGCUGGGGCGUAGGGAAGAGAGCCUUCCUGUCCCUGCCGCCGUUUCAUGCAGCUGGUAUAGCCUACACGCUGUUUAUCGCACCUCCAAUCGGGAUGACGAUUGUCUGUGCCACUUCGGGCGGUCUCCCCACAGGGGCAGGCAUUGCAGAAGCUGUGAAGAAGACUCCGUUCGAUGCGGCCAUAGUUGUCCCUUCCAUCCUGCAAGAGCUGGCCCAGAACCCAGAGCUGUUGGACUUCAUUUCCAAGAAUUUGGGUUAUCUUCUGUAUGCUGGAGGCGAUCUACCCCAGCCACUUGGUGACACGGUUGCGUCGAAGAUUAAACUGGUGAAUCAGUUCGGAGCCUCGGAGGUAGGCAUGAUGGCUCUUAUCCACUCCAAGACCAACCGAGACCCAUUGAAAGACUGGAGGUAUCUCCAUUUUCAUCCAGAGAUGGGAGUUGAGCUGCGCCGCGUGACGGAUGAUGAGUAUGAGCUGUUCAUGAUUCGUACCCCUGAGAGGGAAGGCCAACAGGUGCCAUUUACAAUGUUCCCCGACCUCCACGAGUAUAGCACCAAGGACCUCUUUGUCCGGCAUCCCGACCCAAACAAGCCUGACCUCUGGCGGUGGAGCGCCCGCGCAGACGAUGUGAUAGUCUUCUUAAACGGUGAGAAGACAAAUCCGGUCUCCUUGGAACAGCACAUUACUGCUGCCAACUCCGAAGUGUCUGCAGCGCUGGUAGCAGGGGCCCGGCGUUUCCAAGCUUCUCUCCUUGUCGAACUCGCCAACACCGAGAAAGAGCUGAGCCCCAGCGAACGGGCCGCAGUCAUUGAGAAAAUUUGGCCGAGCAUCGAGGAAGCGAAUGCUGUCUGUCCGGCGCACGCUCGCAUUGCAAAAACACAUAUCUUGUUUACCAAGCCCGGGAAACCGAUGCCGCGCGCUAGCAAGGGCACUGUCCAGAGAGCGGGAGCUUUAGCUGCGUAUGCGCCGGAGUUAGAUGCGUUGUACGCCGAUGCAGAUCAGCUGGCGGAGGCGGACGAAGAUCUACCUGGUCCUGGUCGUGUACAAGAUGCCCCGGUAAUCGCUGGUUUUAUUCGGAAGACCCUUUCUUCUAUCACCGGGUGGAGCAAGGAACAGCUCAGCGAUGAAGCUAAUUUCUUUGACCUGGGCUUUGACUCGCUACAAGCCAUCACAGCAACUCGGCGGUUGAAGCGCGGCCUGGAUUUCCCUGGUUUAACCCCAAACAUGAUAUAUCUAUAUUCGUCGGUGUCAGGACUGACACAGGCAGUUCUCCAAGCCCAGCACAAUCAAGAAACCACCAAGGAGGAGGAAAGAGAGGCCCAGCUGCGGGAAAGAAACAGUCUCUUGCAAGAAGUCCAGGGUCAGAUUAACAUCAUUCAGGCCCACACCGUUGUCCUUACCGGCUCUACCGGCCGACUAGGCACGUAUCUCCUGGAUGCCCUGCUGAGAAAUCCCUCUGUGACGCAUGUCCAUUGCCUGAAUCGAAAGGCCGAUAGUCUUGCGGUCCAGCGCCAAAAGUUCGACGCCUUCGGCCUCGAGCACCAACAACUGGACCCUUUCCGCGUCAGCUUCUGGUCUGCCGACUUGACGCAAAAAGACCUGGGAGUGUCACCGGAUGUACUUCAGAAACUGCAGAACACUGCCACUCUAGUGAUCCACAACGCAUGGGCAGUCAACUUUAAUCUCUCACUCCCUUCCUUUAAGCCGCAUCUGUCGGGUGUAGCAAACCUCAUCAACUUCUGCUCUUCCGCGACUAAAUCCCCACUUCUAUUCUUCAUCUCUUCGAUAAGUUCCAUGCUAGGCCACCGGACGCCAUCCGGCCUUACCCCAGAAACCGUAAUCCAGACCGCGACCCCAGCACCAAAUGGCUACGCCAACAGCAAGUAUCUCGCAGAGCAGCUCUUGGAGCACGCCGCACGGAAGCGCACCGUGCGUGCCUCCAUCGCACGAGUCGGUCAAGUAGCCGGUGCAGUGCGCACACCAGGUCAAUGGAACAAGGCCGAAUGGUUCCCUAGCUUGGUGCUAAGUUCAUUACACGUGGGCGCUGUACCCGACAACAUUGGACCGCAGUCGGAUCGGAUUGACUGGAUGCCAGUGGACCUUCUAGCGGAGGUACUAACGGAGCUGGCACUGGGAGACAACGGCUCGAGCGGGCCCGUCUCCGUAUCUCACCCUGUUAACCUGCACGCUUCAACCUGGGGGGAUAUUCUCCCUGUGGUGGUGGAUUUGCUGUCCAAAUCGUCUGGGAAACCAUUGGAGACGAUCCCGUCGCGGGACUGGCUACAACGGAUACGGCAAGAUCUCGAGUCUUCCGCGGGAGGCACGUCCGCUGGAGAUGGAGAGCUGCAGACGUUGCUGGAGAAGAAUCCGGCGGCUAAACUGCUUUACUUCUAUGAGGAUAUAAUGUCGGAACAGACCGAGGCAGAGAAUGUGUUGGACACGCAGCUAACAGCCCAGCGAAGCGAGAAGCUGCGGAGCGUCGAGGGGGUCAAGAGGGAGUGGGUUGAGAAGUGGGUUGGGGAGUGGAUUCAGUGA